GCCACCGCCGGAAGAGAAAGAUGGCAGCGCACAGCUGCAGCUACUCGGCUCUGCUGCUAAUUAUUUGCAGUGUUUCAGUGUUUAUUGUCGCAGACAGUCAAGACACGACUCUAUCUGGUGGUCACCAUGCUGCUGCGGUCGAGGAUAAUCCACAAGCAGCCACAGAAGCAGUGGAAAAAACGUCCGAGCAGCCCGCGGUGGAGGAGAGGAGCUGGGAAGCUACUGAGGUUGAAGAGGCGACUCUCCAUGAAGCUGCAGCCGACAAACAGGACACUCCUGCCCCUGAAACCGAGGCCCCCUCCCCGGUACCACAGCCCAAAGACGACUUCCAGGAGGAGCUGGUCAUCAGACCGCUGCACUCAGGAGAUAUUUAUGCCAGCUUCCAGUUCCGCACCCUGUGGGAGACUGACUUCAUGAGUGGAAACAAAGUGUCCCACUACCGGCUUUUUCCAAAGUCUCUGGGCCAGGUCAUCUCCAAGUUCUCAGUGCGAGAGCUGCACAUCUCCUUCACGCAGGGCUACUGGAGGACCAUGCAGUGGGGGCAGCCCUUCCAGCCGGCCCCCCCUGGAGCUGAGCUCUGGGUGUGGUUCCAGGACUCAGUGACCGAUGUUGAUGGCACGUGGAAGGAGCUGACAAAUGUUCUUUCUGGAAUCUUCUGUGCUUCACUGAACUUCAUUGACUCCACCAACACAGUUCAGCCCAGUGCGUCUUUCAAACCGCUGGGAAUAGGGAACGUGACAGACCACCGCUUCCUCCGCUAUGCCACCCUCCCACGAGAGAUAGUUUGUACUGAGAAUUUGACACCCUGGAAGAAACUUUUGCCAUGUGGAUCCAAGGCUGGUCUCACUGUCCUGUUGAAGUCAGAGAAACUGUUCCACAGUAGUUUUCAUUCCCAAGCAGUGCACAUCAGACCCGUGUGCCAGGACUGGCAGUGUAAAACCACCUCCUGGGAGCUGAGACAGACUCUGAAUGUCGUGUUUGACCUGCACACCUCUGGACAGGGCAAACGAGAGUGGUCUCUGUUUAAGAUGUUCUCUCGGACCCUGACAGAAGCCUGUCCACUGGCCUCCUCCAGUAAAAUCUACAUCGACAUCACAGACGACCCUCAGGGCGAGCUGUUUGAGUUGAGCCCGGCCACUCCCCUGCUGAGCCAGGCGAUGGUGCUCGGGGACAGACGGACCUUCUCCGUCUACGAUCUGACGCAGCCACUCACCUUCGGCACCGUGCGCUCUCUCAACCCGCUGAUCCGCUGGAAAUCCAGUGAGGCAGGAGACAUGCUGCGUCCCCUGCUCCAUGCUGAGCGCUACGUGGCAGGUUACGGGCUGCAGACAGGAGAGAUUCACACUCUGAUGUACAACAACCACCCGUACAGGUCGUUCCCUGUGCUGCUGCUGGACACCGUGCCUUGGUACCUCCGUCUCUACAUCCACACCCUCACUGUGACCAGCAAGGGGAAGGACAACAAGCCCAGCUACAUCCACUACCAGCCAUCUAAGGAUCGCCUGAGGCCCCACCUGUUGGAGAUGCUCGUCCAGCUUCCUCCCAACUCCGUCACCGAGGUCACGGUGCAGUUUGAGAGGGCUCUGCUCAAGUGGACUGAAUACACCCCCGAUCCCAACCACGGCUUCUAUGUUGGGUCUUCAGUAAUCAGCUCUCUUGUACCGAGCAUUGUCGCCAUGGAUACAAACAUAACGAUGGAUCGGCCACUUUUCAGCAGCUUUUUCCCCUGUAAAGAGGAGUCCAGCUUCUUUGUGCGCGUCUACACGGAGCCUCUGCUGGUCAACCUGCCCACUCCAGACUUCAGCAUGCCAUACAACGUAAUCUGCCUGACCUGCACUGUGGUUGCCGUGGGCUACGGCUCGCUCUACAACCUACUGACCCGGAGCUUCCAGAUAGAGGAGCCCAGCCCGGGAUUGGCCAAGCGGUUAGCCAACAUCAUCCGCAGGAUGAGGGGCGUACCGCCACUCUGAGGCUGGACUGAAGGCCAACUGGAUCUACUUUUUAGGAUGGACGUUCUCCUCUUGGUGAAACCACUGGUAAACAUGUGACACUCAGGGACUGAGUCAAGCACUGCUAUGAAUGUUUCUCUAAACAGUCAUCUUGAAGGUUUGUUUUUUUAAAUGACAGACAACAAAUCGUUUUUUUUAAUAUUGAAUUAUUAUGCCGGGGAAGGACAAGAACAUAAAGACGUUUCUCUACCUAGACGGAAAGUAAGAGCUCUGUUAUUGUAAGGAACCAAAGCUAUGCACUAUGCUGCAGUGGAUAGCGCGUCACUGGGUUGGUUCAAAUAUUAUUGUUUUUUGAAUGUUUUAAGCCAUAACUCCAUUACAUCAUAAUAUUAUAGCCAUUUUGUUACAAUAGGGUAAGAUGAUGUUUCUACAAAUAUGAAACUGAUUGCCUCUCACAGCAUAAAAAGCCUCAGAGCUGAAUGGAAAAGAGGAUGAUCCUCUUUGUUUUCAUACUCUAUUCCUUACCUGUUGUUUUGUUAUCUUCCUGCUGAAAAAGAUGCAUAUAAUCACUCAGUUCGAAUGUCACAUUUCCCCAACAGUCAUUAUAGGAUAUCAAAUAACUUUCCCAUGUCAAACCAGAAAUGUACACAGCAUCAAAAUGUAACUAUGGGACACCGUGUGGUAUGUUCUUUUAUUUAUUUGUCCCUAACUCAUUUGUGGUAUCUGACAACUGUUUUAUAGUAGUUUUAAUAUAUAAGAAAAGAAGACAUGUCAACAAAAACUAUGAAAAGUAAUCAAAACUAUAAAAAUCUGAGCAAUAGCAUUGCUUGUUUAGAACUACUUGCUCCACAGAAAAGGGACAGCCCUCUUACCAAACAUUAAUUUUGCACUUGUUGGUUUUUGGAUGCAUGCUUGAAUGUUGAACGCGAUUGUCUGAAGGUCUCUUCGUAAUACAUUGCCUUUUAGUUUGUCGGCCUAACUCACUCAUUAGUUCAAUGCCGUUUCGGUGUGUCUUAUAGCAAAAAGAAGUCCUACAUUAUGGAAAAGACCUUACCCUACCAUGAAACACUACCAUGCGUUUGUUUGUUAAUUUUCUUUGUUAUGUUUGUCCGUCCAUUCUGGUCCCCUGGCUGGGAAAAAGUGCACAGAAUGUUCGAAGCGGUACUUUGUGUGUUUGGCGAAAUGUAUGUUCUUUAUUGCUUUUACAAUAAACGAAAACAUCUUUA